GCGCUUUCAGACUGGAGGGAGUCGGACCGAACGAACUGGGGUUCCCAAAUAACGGGAACAUAGAGACAGACACACAGACGGAUGGCGGGACAGAGCCAAAGAAAACAUACCGCAUAACUGGUACCGUGUUUGUUUUUCGUUCAGCUUUCGUUUAGUAAAAAAAAAAGCAGGUUUAUAUAUUUAUAUUUUAUUUAUCGAUUGAUUGCGUUUUAAUUACCGGCCUGUGAAAGAGAGAGGGGGAGGAGCAAAAGCCAGAUGGGGGUCCCUGUGUAGCCUUACUUAUUAUUUAAUUAUUUAAAUGUAUCAAAUAAUUUAAUUGUAGGCUAUAUUUUAUCAUAAUGCUGCUUUGUGUGCAUGUAUUCGUGAGCUGACCAUAACAAGACUGCUAAUAACCAAAUAUAAAGAACCCAAAAUAACAACUUCACACUGAACAGUUGGUAAGCUUUUCUAUUCCGACAAUACACCUGCUAUAACCGUAAGUAAAAAAUAAUCGUUUUUAAUGAAAGUAAAACUGGAGAGAUAUUUAUUUAGAAGAUUAAACCAAAGCAAAACCGACCGAGGAAAAGGAGGCCGCACAUCUGUCUUGAUAAGCAAAACAUACGGAAAUACCUUCAAGAAUAUAAGAAAAUAAUAUUCGAUACAGUUGAUAUCUAGGAUGUUUUGUAGCUACAUACAGACCUAACUUUUACCAAUGAGAAAAUACCAGCGUUAGAGAGUCACACUACGUAUUCUGUCAAUGACUAUCAACAGAAGCCUAUUUUACAUAUAGCUGGCCUGGUGUCCCGACUGUCCGUCUGUGUGUUAUUCUCAAGUGAUGACCGUUGUCAGAUCUAUGUAGGGCCCAUGUAUCCAUAUCGAUAUGACAGAGGCACAAAACCAAAAAUGUGAAUGUAGCAUAGGCUAGAUACCAACUCAACCAAAUAUUCUUACUGCUAAACAUAUUUUGAAACGUCUACCUGGAAAGAAUAAGAAGAAAAGCAAAGAAGAACAGAAGACAAGCGCAAUUCGAAGAAAACUGCAAAUAAAAACCAAGACGACAGCGGAUCAUGUUUGUUCCCUUGCCGGUGCCGUUCGUCUUUCAGAGAACUGCUUCCGACUUCAGCGCCUGGCGUCUCAAGUCCCCGCUGGCUCUACGCUCCAGCUCCGAUAUCAGGAUGUCAAAACCAGCAGAGGAUGAGAAGCCUGGGGCAGACUUUCCAGGGGAGAGCACAGACUCCGAGAGGAACAGUCCUGAUGCCAAUGAUCAGGUUCAGCCAAUGAAAACGAGUCCCUUCAGUCUUUCUCCUACCUUGAGCAGCAUCAAYAGUAAAGGUGAGGCAGUACCUGAGAUGAUCUCCACCCAUGUGCCGCCUCCUUSCCAGCAGCAGACGCCUCACCCUCACACACAACUCAUGUUGGCAGGGAGUCAGCUGGCAGGGCUGGCUGCCCUCUUGCCUGCGCAGCAGCAGCUGUUGCUUCAGCAGGCCCAGGCUCAGCUCCUGGCCGCCGCCGUGCAGCAGUCCAACGCGGCUCACGCUGCUCAUGCCGCCCACGCAGCCGCCCAAGCCAAUCAGCAGCAGCAGCAACAACAGCUGACCAAACAGGAGCAAGCCCCGCCCCAGCUCACCCUCUCUCAGCCUAUCCAGCUCACCGCCCAGGAUAUCCAGCAGCUGUUGCAGUUGCAGCAGUUAGUCCUGAUGCCCGGCCACCACCUGCAGUCUCCUCAGUUCCUCCUGCCUCAGGCCCAGGGACAACAGGGGCAGCAGGGUAAGUGGGACCUACUAAGUUUGCUCUCGACACCUAAUUUAAUUCCGCUACCUCAGCAUCAGCAAAGCCAGGGGAGUCUUCUAACUACUCCACCCAGGCUGGGACUGCAAGCACAGRGUCGCCAUGGUGACGGCCUCUCAUCAUUACAGAGGGACAAGAGCGGGGACGGCGGGGUGACCUCCGGAGCCUCGGCAGCCCCCAUGACCUCGGUGACCUCUGGCCCUCACGGCGAGGAGCCCAGUGACCUGGAGGAGCUGGAGCAGUUCGCCCGCACCUUCAAACAGAGACGCAUCAAACUGGGCUUCACACAGGGUGACGUAGGCAUGGCGAUGGGGAAACUGUAUGGGAAUGACUUCAGCCAGACCACCAUCUCUCGCUUCGAGGCCCUAAACCUGAGCUUUAAGAACAUGUGCAAGCUCAAGCCUCUGCUUGAGAAGUGGCUAAACGACGCGGAGACCAUGGCGAUAGACAGCAUGCUUCCCAGCCCAAACUCUCUCUCCUCCCCCAUGAUGGGAUUUGAGGGCAUGCCGGGGCGCCGCAGGAAGAAACGCACCAGCAUUGAGACCAACGUCCGCGUGGCCUUAGAGCGCAACUUCAUCUUGAACCAGAAGCCUAACUCAGAGGAGAUUCUCCUGAUGGGCCAGCAGCUCAACAUGGAGAAGGAGGUGAUUCGGGUCUGGUUCUGCAACCGGCGCCAGAAAGAGAAGCGCAUCAACCCUUGCAGUGCCACCCCUCCCCUGCCCAGCCAGUCCCCCUCCAUGAUGCACAAACCCCCCUGCUACAGCCCGCACAUGGUGUCCAGUCACGGGCUGCACCAGGCUGCCACCAGCCUCAGCACAACAGUGACCAGUCCAUUACCCUUGGUGACCUGCCCUCUGACCCCCUGUGGCUCUGCAGCCACCAGCUCCACCCCCUCCUCUAGGACUCCGCCUCCACACAGCACAGCCAGCCCCGCUCCUCCCACCCUCAGUACCCACAGCCUGAACGCUGGGAACACAAUGAUGGGAGUAAGCACAGGGAUGAACCAGGCUCUCGUCAGCAGCAAUCACCUGGCCACAAUGCAAGCUCUGGCUGCCAGUGGUGGGCAGCUGCCCAUUUCCAGUCUUGAGGCCGGAGGUCAGAUGAUCCUGGGCGGGGCUGGGGUUCGCCCCUCCCUAUUCCUCAACCGCCACACCCUCCUGCCUAUGGCGUCCCACCAAGCCGGUGUGGGUUUGGUCGGCGGUCCCAGGGGAGCCUCUCCACCCCCCGGCGCCAGCGGCAUGGACGUCGACUCCUGCUCCGCCUCUCCCUGCUCCAGCKCCGCCUCCUUCGGCUCGUUCAGCGAAGCCUCACCGCCGCCGCUUGGCGGGGCCAUGGCCGAGUGACGACGACACAACCCAAAGGAUCCAAUCGGAAGGAGGAGGAGGAGUUUUAGUUGAGCUUUACAGAAACACCUCACCUUUCAACCAAAGCCAUCUCUCUCUCCCUCCAUUUGUCGCCUCCGCUCUCUCUCCCGGAGUCUUUCAAAGCCAAA